GGAGUAGUGGCCGUUGGUUGGGAUGAGUACGAAGUAGUGGCCGUUGGUUGGAAUGAGUGCGGAGUAGUGGCCAUUGGUUGGGAUCAGUACGGAGCAGUGGCCAUUGGUUGGGAUGAGUAUGGAGCAGUGGCCAUUGGUUGGGAUGAGUACGGUGUAGUGGCCAUUGGUUGGGAUGAGUACGGUGUAGUGGCCAUUGGUUUUAGCAGUUAGUAGAUCAUUAAUGAGUUUUAGUAGGGUCAAGAAGGUUGUUGUCGGUGAGGGGAGGGGAAGGCACCAGUAGAGAGGGAGGGAUUGAAGAUGUGAGUGAGGGAGCAUAGGAUGGAAGAAGAGGGUGACCGUAGUAGUUGUGAGGGAACAGGAUCCAGGGGGCAGG